CCUCCCUCCCUCCUCCUCCGAGCGUCUUCUGAUCCCGGAGGGAAUUCGCGCUUCUCAUUCCUGACAUUCCAGGUUCAGUCCCUCCUGGUUACUUAUUAUCGCCGCCUGCCUCUCGCCACGAUCAGUCCACAGCAAGAGAGCACCAGCAUGAGACGCGUUUAACUGCCGCCGGAGCGCAUGGAAAUACUGGAUUAACUCUGAAGUUUCACUUCCACAACUUUAUUUCGUUUGUGAAGGAUGCGAGUGUGACUUGGUCCUGAACUGGUGUUAAUAUUAAAAAGCUAAUUGUAAAGCAGAAAGCAGAAUGUCAUCUCCAGAAGAGCCGUCUGGCACGGUACUACAUCGGCUGAUCCAGGAGCAGCUCCGUUAUGGGAACCCAACAGAUGCGCACACUUUACUGGCCAUCCAGCAGCAGGCUCUGCGUGGGGGCAGCGGAAGCAACAGUGGCCCUAGCAGUGGAGGCGAGAUGGGUCGCAGUCCAAGAUCAUCCUUGGAGAGUCUGACCCAGGAGGACCCUCCUUCUCCUCAGCUGUCCACCAGGCAGGAGCCUCAGGGCCAGGAGCACCAGGGGGACUACAGCCACUCUGAAAGUGGAUUCCAACUCUACCAGCUUCACGGAGAGGAGCUACCAACGUACGAGCAGGCCAAGGCCCACUCGCAAUACCUGGCCUCGCACUGGGCCCCAUCAGGCAGCCAUGAAGGAAUCUUCCACGAGGAGGAGGCAGAUAUGAUUGAGCUCAAGUGCAACCACGUUCGAUCUCUGAGUGAACAUCGCUUACAACUGUCUCUGGAGAGGAAUGAUAGCUCUGCUAAAGCCGAGGCCCUGAGGAGCACCUCACACAGUUAUCCCGAGCUUCCAUACUACAGCCAGCAUGGCCUCCAGAGUCCAGGCCAGGAGAAGAGAACCCCCCCACCCGAGUACUCGGUUCCCAUCCAAGGCCAAGGCUUUAUCCCCCAGCAGGCGCUGGAACCACACAGAUAUCUCCAGUCGACCCAGUCAGCUGAAGUCCCAUGCUACGCUGCAUUCACAAGUCUUCCCCCCGCUGGCCUGGAGGAGCCAAACCAAGUGGAGCUGCUGCUGAUGGAGAACGAGCGACUGAGACAAGAGCUGGAAGCACACAAGGAGAAGACUGGGCGGAUUGAAAAGCUGGAGCAGGAGAUCCAGAGGAUUUCGGAGGCCUAUGAGACACUGAUGCAGGGCAGCAGUAAGAGGGAAAACCUGGAGCAGACCUUGAGGAAGAGGCUUCUGGCUGAGAUCAGGAGGCUCCAGGAUUUCAACAGGGACCUCAGAGAAAACCUGGAGAAUGCCAGGACGCACGUCGCGAAGGAAGUGCAGGUUGCUGACCAUAACCAGCACAUCAUGGCGAAGCUCCUGGAACAGAACGAGGAGCAGAACUUUGAGCGGGAGCGCGUGGAGCGAGAAGUCGAGCGCCUGAGAGCCACGGCGGAAGAGCAGACCCUGAAAGCCAAGCGGCUGGAGGAAGCCCUCGAGACGGCUCGGGGACGCGGUCGCCAGCUGGAGGAGGAGCUGAGGAGGAAGAGGGCCUAUGUGGAGAAGGUGGAGCGGCUUCAGAGCGCUCUGGGUCAGCUGCAAUCCACCUGCGAGAAGAGGGUGAACCUCGAGAUGAAGCUCAGGACCCGGCUGGAGCAGGAGCUUCGGAGUUUGAGGGCGCAGCAGAGGCAGUCACAGCCGCCCGGUGUCACCAUGGGCUCCCUUCAGGAGCGACUCAGAGAGCGUGAGGAGCGAAUCCUCGCCCUUGAGGCGGACAUGGUGCGGUGGGAGCAGAAGUACCUGGAGGAGAGCACCAUGAGGCAGUUUGCAAUGGAGGUGGCAGCUACUGCCGCUGCACAGAGAGACACCACCAUCAUCAACCACUCGCCCUGCCACUCGUCUAAUAACAGCUUCAAUGAAGACCUGCCAGUUGCUGACCACAGGAAUCAGGAGAUGGAGAACAGGAUACGUGCUCUUUAUGCUCAAAUUUUGGAAAAAGAUGCCGUGAUCAAGGUGCUGAACCAAAGGCUGCACCAGGACCAAGGCAGGAAGGAUGAGCGCACAAACCUGGUGACUCCCGCGGGGGCGCCGUUGAGGCUGGCAUCUUCAACUCCCUCCAUCACAGCGGCCUUCAGCGCCACCAAGAGCAGAGGCAAGAGCCUCUCGGACGAUCAGACCAACCACCAGUUCUCGGCUCACUCCCAGCCCGGGACACUGGAGCGAUCGCAGGAGGGAACCAAAGCCAACGAGGUCGCGGGCAUGACUAAACUCAAGAGCGACAAGGCGACACCUAAGAAACUGCUCCGAAACCCAUUUCGAGGUCUGGACGAGUUGGAGCCUGAAGCGGUGGAGAUCUUCAUUUAAACGUGGAAUCCCAAUUGAGAAAGGAGGAGAAUGUUGUGAAAAGAAUCCGGCACCAGCACCAUGGACCUUUUUUUUUUUUAGACCAAGCUCUGCUCUGAUUCACCCAACUCUCUCUCGGCUGGCCGGGGGCAGAGACGGUGGAUCGUUCCAGUGGUACUUGGACAGUAUUGUGCCAGGCCAACAUUUACAGAGUCCUAUUUAUAUAGUCACAUAUAUUGCUGCUUCCCUUGUUUAUGAUUUCCGUCGAUUCCAGUGAGAAAAGAAGCUACUUAUCUGGUUUCCACAUACCCCACAUAUUGACUCCUCCAGACAAAUAUUCAGGUCACGUGACCUCUCUCCCACCCGGUCCAAAAAUGUGGAUCUAACCUGAGUAACCUCAUUUGCAUCACAUGGAUCUUAUCUGUCUGGAACGCGUCCCUCGGCUCAAUAAUUUAAGCUUAAAACUCAUGAUACACUGUUGAAAUGCGCUUGCCGGAGGCCUCGGGGGAGCUGGCUCCGCCGAGGUCAAAGGUCAGGCGAGGAGCUGGUGGCACGAAGUCUGUAAGACAAUGAUUUGCCAAACUGACACGGACCUGAGUCUGUAAUUCUGUGUUACAUUGUGGCUGCAUGUGUGAGUACAGUGAGUGAAUGUUUUCCCGAGUCUGCGCCUCAGCCGGUCUGAGCGCCGCUUUGGACCUUAAAGUUGUAAAAUACACAGUUUAUUGUUUGUUUAAGCUUUGAACUAACAUACAUGUUAAUUAUUAUUAUUGUUAUUAUUAUUAAUUAUAUUUUAUACAGAGGUUUGUAUUGAUAUUUUUAGAUAAUAUAGAGCCAGAUGCCAAAGAUUUUAUGUUUAUCGCGUCAUAUUGUAAGUUAUGUGCCGACAAUCACGGUCAUGUCAAGCUGUGCACAGUGGUGACUUCAAACGGACAUUUCUGUGAACUCCAAAAAAACAAAACAAAAACAAAUAUGAAGGUUUCUACUGUUGAAUUCAUGCAACAUUUCACAAAUCAAUAAACUAUUUGAAAGGAGUCUCGCAGGUUUUUUGGAAUCCGCCAGCAAAGACUUUAUUGUUGUGCUCCUCGCCGGAGCUCACGUUGCCACUCUAUAUCCUCAUUCCAGCCUGGAGAGGAGCGAUCUUCAUUAAUGAAUACCAGAGCUGCAUUCUUUUGGGCUCAACUUUCUCGGAUGGCCUGCUCUCUUGUUCUCCUCUUGCCGUGAAGAACGUGCCUGGCAUAGAUCGCAUUCUCAUCG